UAAUAAAAUCAGGAAUGUUAAGUUAACCGCAUUGAAUUAGAACAACUAGGAAAAAGUGAAAUUCUCUUUAUUAAGUUUCCAGAAAGUAUCAACUCGAGAAUGAUUGGCAGUUUACCUGUACUCGUAAGAAUCCUUGAUUAGCUAGGGAGAAAUUUUGGCCUCUGAGUCAUUAGAAAAAAGGCGAUGUGAGCUCAGUUUGUUUUGGAUACAAAGGUGAAUAAACGCAUAUCAAAGCAAGACGUGUAAAAUUGUUAAAGGUAUAAAUGAAUGUUUAACUUCAUAAAAACAAUAAUAUACAUGUAGGAUCUACUUCUGGAGACGUUUUGACACUAAGCCUCUAUCUAAAGUGGGAUAAAAUAUAAAACUUACAAGUUAAGUUAUCAGGACAUGUUGUAACACAUAUAUUUAAUAACAAGUAUGAUGAAUUGAUAAAAGCAUUGGAGGUUAUUAAGUACAAUAAGACAAGACGAUGAAUGCAAUACACGCGUUUAACAAUUCUAUCGCAUUAGCGGAUACCAAAGCAUCGGGCAGGGACGUGAAGCGUAGCCCAUCGAUCCCCGAGCGUGACCACGAUGGGCACAGAGGAUCUUACUCAGAUACUGACGCUAGCCCAUCAAGAUAUUCAGACUCCAAUCUUUUGGGAUAUUUUAAAAGGAAACUUAGUAAAUCAAAGAAAUCAAAAAGGCCAUCCAUUGAUUCGGCGUUGUCUUUUCAUCUGGAUACGUUAUUUUGUGAAGAGAAAUCGCCGGAACACGAACUUAUAAGAAGGAAAUCAUCGAGUGAUAAAGUAACGGGUGAUGGAUUGAGGUCAAGGUCGAGUAAACAUUCUCAAAGUUCAAGGUCAUUUGAUGGAGUUUUUGACCGCUUUAAGCACAAGAAAAACUCAGCGGGAACGUUGAAACUUCCCCAUGCACACACUGACAAAUGCUUAGAUCGGUAUAGUACGCCAUCUCCGACUCCGAGGCGUGGCCGAAGCGUUUCGGUCGGAAUCGUUGACUUAGAUAAUCUAGCUGAUUUCCAUCGAAACAUCGCUGGAAUAGAACGCAUAAAACCAUGUAAUAAUGGCGACCGAAUCUCACCGGAAAAUAACGAUAAUUGUCGGAGGAGUAGUUCUAAUGGAAGCUCCGGUUCGUCCAAAUCAUUCCUCUAUUCAUCUGAUGGUUUUGACGUUACGCCUGAAUUGGAUGAAGACGAUGUCGGUGAAGAGGACGUGAUAUUUCCAAUAAACGAAGAACAAAAGAAUCCAAGUAAUGCGUCUCUGAAGUCUAUGAGCGGUCGGCUAGAGAGAACAUUUUCAG